CGCGCCUCGUCCCCGGUCCUCCCAGAGGUGAGCUACUUCAACUGCUCGGUGGACAACGGCGGCUGCGCGCACCACUGCCUGGAGGGGGAGGGCCGGCGCCGCUGCAGCUGCGCGCCGGGCUACAGGCUGGGGGACGACCACCUGCAGUGCGAGCCCACAGUGAAGUUCCCUUGUGGAAAGCCAGGGAAGCGACUGGAGAAGAAGCGCAAGCACUUGAAACGUGACACAAACCAAACUGACCAAGUAGAUCCAAGGCUCGUCAAUGGGAAGGAGACCAAAUGGGGAGAGAGCCCCUGGCAGGUGAUCCUGCUGGACUCAAAGAAGAAGCUGGCCUGCGGGGCAGUGCUCAUCCACACCUCCUGGGUGCUGACAGCGGCCCACUGCAUGGAGGACUCAAAGAAGCUCACCGUCAGGCUUGGGGAGUAUGACCUGCGGCGCUGGGAGAAGUGGGAGAUGGAUGUGGACAUCAAGGAGAUCCUCGUGCACCCCAACUACAGCAAAAGCACCACGGACAAUGACAUCGCGCUGCUCCGCCUGGCCCAGCCCGCUAUCCUCUCACAGACCAUUGUGCCCAUCUGCCUCCCAGACAGUGGCCUUGCAGAGCGCGAACUCACCCAGGUGGGCCAGGAGACCGUGGUGACCGGCUGGGGCUAUCGCAGCGAGACCAAAAGAAACCGUACCUUCGUCCUCAACUUCAUCAAUAUCCCCGUGGCCCCGCACAACGAGUGCAUCCAGGCCAUGCACAACAUGAUCUCUGAGAACAUGCUGUGCGCGGGCAUCCUCGGGGACUCACGGGAUGCCUGUGAGGGUGACAGUGGGGGGCCUAUGGUUGUAUCCUUCCGUGGCACCUGGUUCCUGGUGGGCCUGGUGAGCUGGGGCGAGGGCUGCGGGCGCCUCCACAAUUACGGCAUAUACACUAAAGUCAGCCGCUACCUUGACUGGAUCCACGGCCACAUUAGAGCUGAGGAGGCCUCCCCUGAGAACCAGGUACCUUAGCAUCCCUCAGGCUUGUGUCCGAACCCCAGAGGCCACUCGUGGAAUGGCGGCUGGAUUGCUGAAUGGCAAUAUUUGAGACAUUAAAGGGGACAUGUAACAUGCACACCAGCUACA